UCACUACUUGUUUGGACCGGAUGAAGCUGACUGAGCCUGUCGGCUCAUUACAGAAUAAUCUGUCUUCUGUUUUUAAUAAAACAUCAGAAAGUUUUAUUUCAAUCAAAUAAGGAUGAAUUCGAGCUGCAGGACUGAAGAGUCAACAAACUGCAACACAAGACUUGAAGAAAAGCUGGAAACAGGACAGUCCUGCUCCUAGCACCUACCAAGAUGGCGGCCAGAAUCUCGCCUGGCGCUGCCAGUGACCGUUCCAGUGUUUCUCUAGUUCUGAUUGAUGCUGGUUCUGCACCCUGAACCGGUUCUGAUGGGUCAGAGUGAAGCUGGUUCUGAACCAUGACCCGGUUCUGAUUAGCCCGUUUUCUAAGGUCCAUUAUGUUUACAUGAAUUAUUCAUGCAGAGCCAAAGUCUCGCGGUGUUUCCAUUCAGGCUUCUCGUUAUUAGAACCUUUUAUCAGAACCUGUGGUUCUGAUGGGUUGGUGUGGACCUGAUCUGUAAUGUUGACCCGGUUCUGAUGGGUCCAGGCUCUCAGCACCGGGAUGUUUUGUGUGUUUCUUCACGCAGAGCUGAAGUCUCGCGGUGUUUCCUUUCAGACAUCUUGUUAUUAGAAUAAUUUAACAGAACCUCUUCUGUCUUUACAAACCAGUCGCUUCGGUUCGGUUCGGUUCGGUUCGGACCCGAAUUCAUUUCUGUGUGGGUUCUUUAAAGUACGAUCUGGUUCCUUGCCGGUACCGGAAGUGAAGUGUGGGUCUGGACCGAGCCUGAGGACGGUCUAACUGCGGGAUUCAGCGGUUCUUGUGAGUCCGCUCCAUCGGAACCGAUCCGGGUUCUGAGUCUUUGUUUUGGUGAGGAAACAUGGCGACUCCGGCUGCGGUCAACCCGUCCGAGAUGGGCAGCGAGUUGCCAGGAGCUGUGUCGAUGCCUGGAGCUGUUGGGUCUGGUCCCGUGAGGAUGGGAGGAGCUGUGACGGGCCGUGCUGGGAAGAGGAGGUCUGCAGGGAUGGACUUUGAUGAUGAGGACGGAGAAGGACCAAGCAAAUUUUCAAGAGAGAACCACAGUGAGAUUGAGCGACGGCGGCGUAACAAGAUGACACAGUACAUCACUGAGUUGUCAGACAUGGUCCCUACUUGUAGUGCACUUGCCAGAAAACCUGAUAAGCUGACCAUCCUGCGCAUGGCUGUCUCACACAUGAAAUCCAUGCGUGGAACUGGAAACACCUCCACUGAUGGUGCCUACAAGCCCUCCUUCCUCACAGAACAGGAACUGAAGCACUUGAUUCUGGAAGCAGCAGAUGGCUUUCUGUUUGUGGUUGCUGCAGAGACGGGCCGGGUCAUCUACGUGUCAGACUCUGUGACACCGGUCCUAAACCACCCCCAGUCCGAGUGGCUGGGCAGCACUCUGUACGACCAGGUCCACCCGGAUGAUGUGGACAAACUGAGAGAGCAGCUGAGCACCUCGGAGAACUCCAUGACAGGACGGAUCCUGGACUUGAAGACUGGAACAGUGAAAAAGGAGGGUCAGCAGUCUUCCAUGAGGAUGUGUAUGGGUUCCAGACGAUCCUUCAUUUGUCGCAUGCGGUGUGGCAGCUCUCCUUUGGACCACAUCUCUCUAAACCGUCUGUCCAACAUGAGGAAAAGAUACAGGAAUGGUCUAGGACCCUCUAAAGAAGGAGAGGCUCAGUACUCCGUGGUCCAUUGUACRGGAUACAUCAAAGCCUGGCCCCCUGCAGGUAUGACUAUACCYGAGGAGGACACAGAGGCGGGUCAAACAGGAAAGUACUGCCUGGUGGCCAUCGGCAGACUGCAGCUGGAGAGAAGAAGAUGAUGGUGCCCUCCUCUACAGCUGGAGGACAGCCUCUGUUCUCUCAGAGCUCUCCCUUUCAGCAGGGACACUCGGGGAAAAGCUUCAGUUCUUCUGUGAUUCAUGUUCCUGACAUCCAAACAUCAGGCUCAUCCAAUCAGAACCUGGCCCAGAUCUCCAGGCAGCUGAACCCAGGACAGGUAGCAUGGUCCGGUAACCGACCGCCCUUCUCUGGACAGCCCAGUAAAACCCAGUCCAGUCCAUUUGGUAUUGGUUCUGGACACAACUACCAAACAGACCCAGCCUCCUACAGUCCCCUGUCAUCCCCGGCCACAUCUUCCCCCAGUGGAAACGCCUACUCUGGCUUGACCAACCGCAGCACAGCAUUUGAUGUGUCAGGGGAAGCUGGUCAGAGUGGAGCCCAGUUCCAGGGUCGGCCCAGUGAGGUUUGGACCCAGUGGCAGAACCAGCACCAUUCCCAGCAGGCUGGGGAGCAGCACAGCCACACCAACCCUGGUCAGACUGAAGUGUUCCAGGACAUGUUGCCCAUGACCGGAGACCCGACCCAGGGAACAGCCAACUACAACAUAGAGGACUUUGCAGAUCUCGGCAUGUUCCCUCCUUUCUCUGAGUAGAACCAGUCCGGACCUGCUGCUCUCACAGAGGGACUCCAGUUUGUGUUUAGCUUUUUGUUCUGACAUGUCUGUUUUUGGGUCACCAGAGACCCAGUUUCUGCACCUCCAGGUCACCACAGACCUGUUUUUCUGGGCCACCAGGGACCUGUUUGUUGGAGCGAUAAAUGUUUCAUCAGUUGCAUGUGGACCAUCUCACAGAGUCCAGAGUUUGGACUUUGGGACCUGUAGUCUGGAACCGUCCUGUGGGUUUGUGUCAGUUUGUUGUACUGGUGGUGAGUGGAUGCAGGUCAGGUUUCUGAGCAUGCUCAGUACAGUCCUCAGGACCACAGGCGGUUCCCUUCAUUAGUGUUACGCUUUUAUUGGAUCAUCUUCUGAUCUCAGGAUCCAGUAAAUCAGAUUUUCUUCUUCUUGGUCCCUGGACCUUCUCUGCCUCAGUCCCCUCAUGUGUCCCACCAACCGUCCACAUCCUGAAUCCUGUCCUCCUCUUCCCUCAGCUUCGUUUGUCCAGUAAGUCCACAGUCUGGACCGAAGGGGUCCAGACAAGUGUUGUGAAACCGGUCCGAACAAACGGUUCUUAACCUGCAGAAAAUAACCGAUUGUUCCGCCUGGAGAUCCGUUCUUUGUUAGAAUCCAAUAAAAUGAUCUUUUUUAUUCACUUUAAGGACUUUAAAGUCAGAAAACUUUGAUCCGUCAAACUUUGUCCCUAAAAACCCAGAAGUUGUUUUUGUACUUCCAGACUGUAGAGUCGUUUGAGUCGGGUCUGUUUUCUAACAAGUCAUUGAAGGUUUGGAGUCCAGCAGGCACCUGUAGAGGCACCUGGACCCAGUCCUUCAGCCCGGCUCACAUCACAAUACCAAACAGUGUUGAUGAAACUGUCCCAGACCAGGGUCUGAACCGGACCCUGUGGAGGACUGACCCUUUGGCCCUGUUAACACCUGUGUUCAGCUCUAAGUCUGAUCGGACCACCCAGAGCCGGACUCAGUACUCUGCCUGGACCAGGUCUUAUUAUUGUGAAGGUUCUGCAGACUGCAGUUCUCCAGCAGACCCUGUGGGGUUCUUGUGAACUUUAUUCUGCCUCUUGUAUGUAGUGAAGUCUUCAGUAAUACAGAAGUUAUUUGUUGCUAAGCUAAUGCUAACAGUAAAGCUAACCGCUAAUCACAGCAGCCUGCUUUAAAGGGACGUCCGCCAUGUUGAUCACCAGUGUUUACCUGUUWGAUGUUGUUCAGCUCUGUUCCACCUGGUUUCUCUGACAUCUUCUCAACAACUAAAAACUGAAGGAUUGUUAAAGUUUCUGGACUUUUACACAUUAGCUUGAUAUUUUUAUGUAAAUAAUGUGAUUUUAUGUUGCUCAUGCUGCUUUCACUCAGUCUGUUUCUGUGGAGGUCCUAAUGUUUCAUGUGACUAUUUAACUAUUGGUACUUAGUUGUUAGUUAACUGUACAUUGAGUUGUGUAAAAACUGUGUAAAUGUGACCCAUUAUUUUAUGUAACAAACUGUAAUUGUGACAAUAAACUCCUCUGGCUUUGGUGGCUUCCUUCAUA